AAGGAGAAAAUGUGGUAGCUUUCAAUUUGUUCCUGUGUAUGCUUAUGUUAAUAGGAUUGGAGGAUCCAUGUUGACCAAAUGCAUCAGCACAAAAGUGGAAUUGAAUCUGCUCUAAAGGAAACCAAGGGAUUUUUGGACAAGCUCCAUAAUGAAAUUAGCCGGACUCUGGAAAAGAUUGGUAGCCGAGAAAAGUACAUCAACAAUCAACUUGAGCACUUGGUUCAAGAAUAUCGUGGGGCCCAGGCCCAGCUGAGUGAGGCAAGGGAGCGCUACCAGCAGGGAAAUGGCGGAGUAACGGAAAGGACCAGAGUCCUGUCUGAGGUUACAGAAGAAUUAGAGAAGGUGAAACAAGAGAUGGAAGAGAAGGGCAGCAGCAUGACAGAUGGCACUCCAUUGGUGAAGAUUAAGCAGAGCUUAACCAAACUGAAGCAAGAAACCGUUCAGAUGGACAUUAGGAUUGGGGUUGUGGAGCACACUCUACUGCAGUCCAAGCUGAAGGAAAAGUGCAAUAUGACUCGAGACAUGCACGCAGCUGUUACCCCGGAAUCAGCGAUUGGCUUCUAUUAAAACAUGUGGGCUUUCAUGCUUCUGAUUAUUUGUUUUUAUAUCAGAUGAUUUUUUUAAUGUUGCAUGGAUUUCCAAACACAAUCUAUACCUCUCAAGCUUGUUCAGUGGGUGUUUUUGCACAGGUAUUGUAUCAUGGUGAUUAUGACGGCUAAAGCCUUUACAAUGAAUAUAGUAUUUAAUAAAGUACUUAAAAAUU